AUGUCAUUAUCAUAUCACUGUCUUCGCUUUGUUAAUGUGUCCGAGUGGAAUCCAAUCUCGCCAGAAUGGCAACGUCUAGUAUCACAGCUUCCUGCAAAUGAAAAAAAUCAAGUGAUGCGCUAUAUGUUUACAAAGGACCAGAACUUGGCACUCGCUAGUCGCUUGCUGCAACGUCAACUCAUUCAUGAACUCUUUCAUGUACAGUACGACGCCAUUGAGAUUAAACGCACUCCUGAGAAUAAACCAUAUUGGAGACGACCAAACGCUCUUCUUGCUUCUCCACAGUGGAAUUACAACGUCUCGCAUCAUGGUACAAUCGUGGCAAUUGUUAGUAAUUCUCGUACUUUGGUUGGCGUAGACGUUGUCCGACUUACGGAUCGACCACAUGAUAAGACAUCGGCUGCUGAAUUUUUUCGAGCUUUUGCAGGCCACUUUAAUCCGAGCGAGUGGGAUUACAUUCGCGGUGUAGCUUCAGUCGAGGAUGAAGAUAGCCAAUACACCCGAUUCUACCAACUAUGGUCGCUUAAGGAGGCGUAUAUUAAGGCAGUAGGCGUUGGAAUGGGCUUUGCAUUGUUACGAGCCGAGUUUGUUCGUGGAAAUGCGGCCCGUUGGGAGCUCAUUUUAGACGGUCAACGUGCUAGACAUUGGCAUUUCACAUGCACACAGCUUGAUUCGAUGCAUCUCGUUAGUGUUGCAUACGGACCUUAUUCGGCCAUGUGGAUGCCCAAGACUAGCUCCUUAUUUUCAGAAGGUGAGCCGUAUUCUAUCGUGCAUGCUGCCGACAUUGAAGAAUCCGAAGCACUUGAAGGAUGGCAACAAUGGAGACUGCAAGAUCUGCUUCAAUCAUCCUAA